CAUGAAUCUAUGAUUUUAAAGGUGAAUCAAACUUCAUUUCUUCUGCCUUAUCUGUCCCAAUUCGGUAUCAAUCGCCACCGGGUGUGUGUCGCUACGCUCAUCUUGCAGAGAAGAAGGGGUGGAAGAGAGCUCAGAUCUGUCCUAUUCAGAGGGAUUGAAAUCAAGCCAGAGUGAUCUGACGGAGGGAUAGGGGAGCUGCAUAUAGAACCCCAAAGGCUCAGAGACAUGGCAGACAAAUUGGCCCCUGAGAAACGUCACAGCUUCAUCCACAAAGAUCAGAAGGUCUUUGAAUGGGACCAAACACUUGAAGAGUUGAACAUUUACAUCACUCUCCCCGAGAGUGUUCCUAAAAAGUUAUUCUAUUGCAAAAUAGAGUCCAAACAUUUGGAAGUUGGAAUUAAAGGCAACCCUCCUUACCUUAAUCAUGAUCUCACCCAUCAUGUGAAGACAGAUUGUUCCUUCUGGACAUUAGAGGAUGAUAUAAUGCAUGUAACCCUUCAGAAGAGAGAUAAAGGACAGACAUGGCCUUCUCCUAUCAUGGGCGAAGGUCAGUUGGAUCCUUAUGCGACAGAUCUUGAACAGAAGCGCCUCAUGCUCCAAAGGUUCCAAGAAGAGAAUCCUGGCUUUGACUUUUCACAAGCACAAUUCAGUGGCAAUUGCCCUGACCCCAAGAGCUUCAUGGGUGGGAUUCGGUCUACUUGAUCUUGGGUAUAUUACUUGAUGCAAUUUCACUACGAUCAAAUACUAUCCAACCUGUGUUUUCUUUUAUCUUUUUCCCCCUUUCCGUAUAAGUGUUAUUGGCAAAAUGGUCACUUUUUGUCUGUCCACCUUAACAUGACUGUGUCUUAUGGUUGGUAAUGUAAGCAAAUUGUUGGCAUUAUGACUAUGAAAUGUGAAGUUUGAACACAAUGAAUAUGGGAGCUCUUCCACAUGUAUUUGUAUUGUAAUGUGCAUGAGAAUUUCUGCUCAUUUAAAUCGUGUAGAAAUCCAGGUUUGCAGUAUUUGUUUGAAUAGCUUUGAUGGCUUGUUAGAAUAAUGAGGAGUGCUAGGG